AUGGAGAAGUGGACAUGUAGUGGAUGUGGCAUUGCAUUGCAGUACAAGGAGCCCAAACAGGUUGGGUACUUUCCCAAGCAGCUACUGAACAAUGUGCACGAUCUAAAGGAUCUCAAGCGACUACGCUGCGAACGUUGCUUCCAAAUGGCCCAAUACGGCAAAAUAUCGGACGCUAGAAUGCCGUAUCAGGAGUAUGAGAAACGAGUUAUGGAGCUCCGUAGUAAGGAUAUGCUCAUGAUUCAAUUGGUGGACAUUCUAGACAUCUCUGGGAGUUUGUUGCCAAAUGCACGACAUAUUUUUGGCAAGAAGCCGGUGAUGUUGGUUGUAAACAAGGGAGAUUUGGUGCCAACGAAGUCGGGUAUUCGACGUCUGAUGAGGAGAAUCAAACAAGAGGCCAAAGAAGCAGGGAUUGAAAAUAUAAUCUCCAUCUAUCUGAUCAGUGCUAUGAAGCGGAUCGGAAUGAAGGAGAUUGUAGAGGAUGUGGCCAAGUACCGAAAGGGUCGCGAUAUUUGCGUAGUUGGCGCUGCCAAUGUGGGCAAGUCGACGUUUCUGAACUCGUUUAUGUCGCAUCUAGUGGAUCGCAAGUGGCAACACAACCAUCGCAAGUACAUGAAGAUGGCAGAGGUUUCUUUAUCCGAGUUAGAGAAUGACGAGACAGCGAUGAUGCUUAACAUUGACGAGGAUCUGAUGAAGGAGGCAAAGGUUGAAAAGGAAAAGAGAGAGUCAGCCGAGAACGAAACUACUGUUGUGACUCCGUAUGGGGAACUUUACGUCGCUCCAGGCGAGGAACCAGGAAUGAUUGAGAUGAGUGCGGAGGAACAUAGGGAGAUGACAACGUCGCCACUUCCCGGCACGACCUUGGCUGUCCAGUAUUUGCCAGUUAUGGUACACAAUGAGGCUUUCAACAUUCUAGACACCCCUGGUUUGAUCACUGAUACCAAACGACAGAAGCUUGUCGAAGUGCUCGCGCUGGACGGUGCUGCUAAAUUGAAGAACGUAUUUCCGUCCACGAAAUUACCAGUAACGACUUAUCGCGUGCGUCCAGGUCGCAGUUUGUUUCUUGGUGCUCUUGCGCGCUUCGAUUAUGAAACCAUUGGAGGUGACAACAACAAGAAUAUGCUGUUGCUAUCCUGGUACGGUGUGCUGCCUGGCCAUCUCACAAGCACUGAACGUGCAGAAGACAUGUUCAUCAAGCACGCUGGUGGUAUUCUUUCACCUCCACGGGGUCUUGAUGCCAUGAGCUUUAUUGGCCCGCUCACUCUAUCGCAGAAUGUUUAUAUAAAGGAUUAUGCGCUUGACAGCGCGCUCAGUAAGUCCAAACACAAGAAGCCUAAGCGUACGACUGUCGUGGAGCUGGAGCUGCCAGGCUUUGGGUGGCUCUCCGUUACUGCCGUGGACCUCGAUGGCACUGUGGCAUCACAAAAGACGCUGAGCCAAGGUAAAAUAUCCGUUUACACAUGCCGUGGGCUCUCCGUCGUUUCGCGUACAUCGCUCUUCCCAUACGAGAUGUCGGACUCAAAGAGCACAACGUGGAAACGCUAG